CAAACGUCUGGAGCUCUCCCAUUCCCUGUAGAGAAAAACGGGGAAAGGAGAGAGCGCCUGCGACGAUCCCUCAGUCAACAAAUUUUGCCGUACUACCACCAGCUACUCUAGUAGUAGUAGUAAAAGGAAACCGAAGAGUGAAACAACACACAAUGGACACGUGCAAAUCGGCGGCUAAAACGCGAAAUAAAAAUACAUCCGGUGUUGCGUUGUGGAUAUAGUGCCGGCAUCGCCGAUUGUACAUCCAAAAAUAAACUACGUUAUAUAUUUAGUGGAAGAGCCCGUGUUUGUUCGAGAACUAGUGAAAAAAAUUGUGCUAAAUAUUUUUUUAUCCUAAAUUUAAAUAAGGGUCCCAUGUCCAUUGGAUGUCAAAAGCUAAAAUUCUUUUUGUAUAAACAUUUCGUGUGCCAGGAAUCUUUAAAUCGCUUAUGGAGCUGCUAAAACUGCAAUAAUGUUAAUAACGUUAAAAAUUAGUAAAAAUGGUGCACCACUUAAUCCAACCAAAACUUAAUACAUUAAUUUUACAAUACAAGUUUGUAAAGAGUUUUGAAGCAAUUGAAGAUUAUUGAACCAUCCGUGCUAAAAUUGUUUUUAAUAAUUUCUACUAGAAUAGAAGUAACUUUUGAAUUAAUACCUUUGCAACUUUUAAGAAAAUUAGACUCCAUUUUUUUAAUCAUCAUUUUCAUUAAUGUCAAAAUGCAAAAAUAAAAAAUGGCUUUGGUGAUGUUACCAAGUGAUAUGCCAUGGUGGCAUUCGAUUCAAAAUAUUUUAACAAGACUUUCUUCGACUAAAAAUACAAUAGAAUUAAUAGAAGGGAUGCAAGCGAUUCAUGACCUAUGCAAUGUUAGUUUAGAUCCAGAUAAAGACGUUCCAGAUCCGGAACAAUUUAUAGCUUUACUAAAUUUUUUAGACAAUGACUUAUCAAGUGAAGAGCGCAGUAAUUUUUUAAACAAAACAUUUCCGAGUAUAGUAAAACAUGCGUUAAAUCUCAAGAAUUUAAGGCCUAAAAACGGAUUACAUUUUAGUUUACAACAACAACCUGAUUGUAUGGAAUUAGAUUAUAAUUUUGUAUCUGCUUUGUUAGCAAACGCUUUCUUUUCAACGUUUCCAAGAAGAACCGACAAAAGUCACCCUACACUCCAAAAUUUUAAUUUCUGCGAUUUUUUUAAACACUUAAGCAAUAAUUCCCAAAAGGCAAAAUUAAAAUGUAUUUUACAUUAUUUCGAUUACAUCAACGAUAACGAAGAUAUCGGUACCCUACAAAUAUUAAGACAAGUGAUGUCUAGUAAAGAAUGGUUAACAAUCGAAGAUUGGUUAGAAUGCAUACUUCCGCUUUGUCCUUUACUAAUUAAACACGAAGGAAAAUUAGAAAGAAAUAAUUUCGACACGGUUCAUAUUUGCUUUGCAAGCUCAAAAAUCGGUGGCGAUUCUUUAGGAAGUGGUAAUUCUCAGGAAUGUACAACGUUUUUUACAUUCGCCGAUAUUUUAUGUACAUUAUUAAACGUCGAAGCUUUAGAAGAUAACGAAAUGAUUCGAAUAGAAGGAGCACGACAAUUAUCACGUAUCGCAGAUCCUAAAAAUAAAGCUUGUUUUGAAACAAUUGAGACACCCAUCAAGAAAACAAUUUGUUGUGUUGACGCUGAAGAUUAUUCUAAACUUCCAUUAGGUCAAUAUGAAGAAGAUAACGUCCUCAGGGAAUUAAAUAAAUGCCUCUUAGCGUUUCAACAAAAACAACCACAUAGCGAACCAAUUAUUCCACCAUCACAACCUCAAAGCCAUCGAAAUCGAAGAUUAUCUCCCAUUGGAGAAUCCAUUGGAUCAUCUCACUCAGAUAAACUUUUACCAAUAAUAACCCAAGAUUCUUGUAGUACUCAUCGAAGUGAUUCAACAUCCUCAUUUAAUGACAAUAAUAACGUAUCAAAUACGCUUAGAGUGAAAAUUGAAAAAGAAAAAGGAGGGUUAUCAAAGGGAUAUCAACAACAAGAAGGGAUGCUUAAUAAUCGUAGAGGACGAUUUAUCGUUUUAGGAUCGUCUGGAGAAUGUCUUCCUGUGAAAAGAGGACCCGAAUUUAAAACGAGUCCUCAUUCUAGUAUUGAAUCAAGCGAGGAAGAAUUCCACAGCGCAAAAACCAGCUUAGAUGAAGGUAGCGAAGAUGAUGAAUUUAAUAAAAGGUAUAGUUUUGAUUUGGAAACUGCGGAAAAACGAACGACAUUCGCGCAACGACUAAAAGAUGCUUUAAAUAGAGAAUCAUCUUCUGCUGCGUCGAUGUCAACGGAAUCAUCAUCAAAUUAUGCUCUUGAUAUUACAGUUGGUGGAUCGGGUGUAAGAGAUAAAGAUAUCAAAGUUAGAAGAGCUGGAUCGACAGGAUUUAUUCUCAGGGAAGAUUCGUUAGACGAAAUGUUUUUAGAUGAUUCUCUUCAACAAGAAAAAGAAUGGAUAGAUAAAUUUAAAACGAAACAAUCGAAUAUUAUUAGAAAAGAAUCGAGUAAAUCAUCAGAUUAUAGUUUUAGUACAGAUUAUAGUUCGGAAUUAGAAGAAGUUUAUGAACAAUUUUCAAAAUGGUUAGAAGAUCCAAUAAUCGAAACUGAUAAAGGAACGAAAAAAGAAUUGGAAGGAAGGGAUUUAGCGGUUGUACAAUUUGCCGGUUCACUUUUAAAACGUACAUUAAGCGAAUCGUUCGCCGGCGUGCCUUUUCCCGAUGGUUGUGAAAGUCUUGGGCUCAUAUCAACAGAUUUCAGUACAAAGAAAAAUAAACUUAUCUUAAACGCCAAAUCGCUUAGUUUGGAAUUGGCGAAACAAAAACAUCGACUAGCAGCUCAGCUAAAAGAAAAAGCUGAACGCCUGCUCUGCCCUGUAGAUAAAGUAGAAGUAACAAAAAUUAGCCUGCCUAAGUUAAAAGCGAAAACAAAACGGAAAAAAUGGGCUAUGAGUUACAUAACGCAGGUCGUUCAGACACUUGAAGAUAUCUGUGUUAAAGUAUCGAUAUCUCAAGAGGCGAACGUUCAGUUAUCACAAAUUGCUCAAAAACCAUCGAAUGGUUUAAAACCCAUAUCAACAGGAAAUUGGGGUUGUGGAUCAUCAAAAAAAGGAGAAGUUCAAUUAAAAGUGAUUAUUCAAUGGUUAGCGGCGAGUGUUGCUGGAGUUCCAUCAUUGAUUUAUUAUACGUCUGGUCAUACAGAAUUGGCUUCCUUAGAUACAAUUUAUCGAUUGAUAAGAGACAGAAAAUGGACGGUUAAAGAUCUCGCUCAAGCUACAUUGAGGUACUCUUCCCAAGUUUUACACGGAAAAAAUGACGCCGCUACACUUUUUGAAGAACUAAUCGGUAUCGUCAAAUUCUAAAAUUUAUAAUAAAUCAUUAUAAACCUUACAAUUUGAUUUAAAAUCGUGACACAUCCCGAAUUAUAAACACAAUAUUAGAAAGAAGCGUAAUUUAGUCUAAUUUAUAUACAUCAUAUUUUUAGAUGAUGUGUACAUACAAAAAAAUAACGUAUACGGUCUGUAUGGAUGCCAAAUUGUUACUUUUUGAAAUAUACUUUGAAGUUGGAA